AUGGUAGUUAUAUUUGUUUAUGAUUAUGUCUAUGCUCAUGGUAUUAUGAUAGAAUGGAUGCCAAUCGAUGAUGAUGGUUGGGUAAUCGCUAGUGCAGAGGAAGAUGAAGAAGUGAGCAGUUUCCGAUCAUCGGAAAGUUUUGAAUCCAGGCGAGAAUUCAAUAACCGUUUAAAAUUCUCAGUGGAUAUUAAGGAUUUGCGAUCAUUUCAGUGUGUUGAGCCGAAAAAAGGUAACAGAGAUGGAUAUCCUUGGGUUCGCUUUAUUAGUAAAGAUGGAUCAGCUUUUACUGCAUUGUAUUUUCGGCAGAAAGGGCUUUCUUCAUUUAUUGAUCAUCUCCAGAAAUAUGCCACAUUGAAAAGAUCUGCUCGGGAAGCCAAUCUUGUUUUAUUCACUGAUGAGCGUAUUGCAGCUCUUGAACAAUCAGUUUCGCUUUUGAAUCUCAACAGUGACUUUUUUUCGCGCAUGAUGGCACAACCUUAUGCAACUGCCAUGACAGGUUUGGGCAAAGUGGCAACAUUUGUGCAAGAUCAAGUUAUCCCUUCAUUGUUGGAUUCUGAUGCAGUUAGUGCAGAAGAACAAAUCAGAGCGAUGAGAGAAUUGAGAGAGCAAGAAGAAGAAGCAGCUGGGAAGCUUAGAUUGCACGAUGAUUGCGGAUUUGAAUUGGUUACGCAACUUGAAUUACCGCAACGUCCUGAAUUCAGUCGCGAGCAAGCAGUCGAUGAGGAUGUAUGGAAGAGGCACAAGAAUUCGGAUGGCUCUUUUGGCGAUGUUCAUUCACUGAAGGUCCUUAUUUUUCGUGGUGGUCUGGUACCUUCGUUAAGAAUUGAGGCGUGGAAAUAUUUGCUUGGUGCAUUAGAUUGGAAAAAAUCUAAUGUUGAAAACACUGAGCUAAUGAAACAAAAGGCACAAGAUUAUUAUCGCAUGAAAUUACAAUGGAAAACAAUAAACGCAGAUCAAGAAAGUAGAUUUGCUGACUAUGCCGCUCGCAAGGCUCUUAUUGGUCAUAUUUUUAAAAAAGAUGUUUCGCGCACCGAUCGCACCCAUUCAUUCUUUGGGGGUUUUAAUAACGAUAACGUGACCAUUCUUAACGAUAUUCUGAUGACGUAUUGUAUGUAUAAUUUUGACCUUGGUUAUGUGCAAGGAAUGAGCGAUUUUCUUUCUCCAUUAUUAGUCAUACUUCAAAAUGAAAUUGAUGCUUUUUGGUGUUUUGUUGGUUUAAUGAAUCGAGUACAACGCAAUUUCGAAAUGGACCAAUCAGCAAUAAAAAAGCAGCUGAUGGAUUUGAGAGACUUGCUUAUGGUUGUGAAUCCUAAAUUGGCGAAUUAUCUUGAAGCUCACAAGUCGGACGAUAUGUAUUUUUGUUUUCGUUGGAUGCUUGUAUGUUUCAAGCGUGAAUUCAGCUUUGAAGAUAUAUUGAGAUUAUGGGAGUUAUCAUUAAUCAUUAAAUUUAUGGUCUUGUGGACUGAUUUACCUUGUUCCAAUUUUCAUUUAUUAAUCUGUGUCGCUAUUCUCGAUAAUCAGAUGAAUUAUAUUAUUGAAAAUCAAUUUGGUCUAACCGAAAUCCUAAAACAUAUAAAUGAUCUUUCGAUGAAUAUCGAUUUAAAUGAAACCUUAACGUCUGCAGAAGCUAUAUUUCAUCAGUUGUCGGCUAGUCAGGAUAAACUUCCUCGACACAUUUGCAAAAUUCUUUCACUUGGAGACAGUAACGACGAUGACUCAUUAUAUCCAAAUUCCAUGAAAAAUUUGUGA